UGUCGGUUGGUCGCCAUGGUGAUCACGGACGACAGGGUGCAGGAGGAAGAACCUAAGAGUGAAGAGGAAGAGCAAGAGCCAGACGUGGAAGAAGCCGAGUCACCCCAGGUUAUAACAUCAAAGACAGAACCCGGAACAGUUAUAGUAGUUACCAAGGGGAACAGCAGUCAAAGUGACCAUCUUUUGCUACGAAGCUUGUUGAGAAAUAGGCGCAGCCCUGGAAGAAUAGAAAAGAUCAAGAUUAUUCGAUCUCCAGUGACAGACAUCCGGAAUGCCAGCAUGUCCAAUCGAACCAACCUGCGGUUGCAGCUGAUGCGGCAGCAGCUGAUCGAGGAGGAGAAGCGAGAGACGGUGUUGUCAUCAUCAUUCAAACCUUCCAGCGUCCCCUCAAAAACAAUCGACAUGCCGCCUGUCAGUGUCAACUCAACAGAAGUACCGCCACAAGUCUUAAGGGUGGAGACCAAUCUACAGUUCCCUACCAAAUACCACAUGCAACAGAACAAGAAGCGACAGAUUCAGAUGUUCCUGAACCAGGGUCAGGUCCCUGUGACCGUGCAGUCCCUCCCUGCUGUGUCCAGCACCUCCGCCCCAGGUGAUCUGGGCUUCAUAGGGAGCGCCCCGGUAGCAGACCCUGAUAGCCCACUGUCCAUGGGGCUCAGCAGUGUAGCUACCAGCACAUCAGAGGUGGACAACUUCCUGUCUGACAUCAUCAGCCUGGAGUCUGUGGACGCUUGUCUUGACAGCGACCUUACUCUCAUCGAACCAUCUCUUACUCAGAUGUCAUCAACAAUGCCUCAAUCUCAGCUCCUUAACGCAUACACGGUUGACUCAUCUAGUGCCAAAUCCUCAUCAUCAUGCCCGGCUGCGUUCCGGAAAGAACCGGCCCCAAACUUCAUCACGGAAGAUGAUGAGAAGGCUUGGUACAAGGAGCGCCAGAAGAAAGAUAACCACAAUAUGAUUGAAAGGAGGAGGCGGUUUAACAUCAAUGACAGGAUCAAGGAGCUCGGGACCAUGCUCCCCAGAUCAAGUGAUCCAGACUUGAGACAGAACAAAGGGUCCAUCUUGAAGGCCUCCGUGGACUACAUCCGCAGGCUGAAGCGUGACCAGGAGAAGGUGCGGCAGUUGGAAGACCAGCGGAGGCAGCUGGAGGCAGCCAACAGAAGAUACAUGCUCAAAGUACAGCAACUGGAACUCCUGAUGAAGGCCCAUGGAGUUUCCACAGGCUACACAGAAGACAUGAUGUCCCUUACCACAAUGAUACCUCCCAGUGCUGUCAACUUUCAACCUAAACAGGAAAUGGACCAGUCCGACAUGUUCUCAUCAACACCUACCAACAGUUUGAUUGAGGAAGAAGACUCUCCGGUCAGCGGCGACCCGAUGAUGAUGUCCGCACCGGUCAGUCCUUCUCUCGGCAUGGACGAAGAUUCAGACUUCUUGUGAAUGUGCUUAGACAAGGGGAGACAACUCCUUUUGUCUUUGUUAAAUGUGGACUAUUUCGUCUCGAGAGAAACGCUUUACAAGUCUCUACAGUGAUGAAGAACUUAAGAUUCAAGUCAACAAACCAUUUUCAUUAGCAUCAGGAUUGAAAUGAUUUCAGCCUUCUUUGCAGCAUUCAUCACAGUGACUCAGAGCAAAUAAUUGCAACUUGAAAUCAGUUAUAAGUACAGCUACCAGCAAAAUGAUCAAAUGAGAGAGAAAAACAUUUCAUUUGCCAACAGACAUAUUUUGACAUAUUCUGUGCAAUAGUUGGACAAAGAUUUCCUCGAUGUUUAAGAAGAAUCUUGGUCCACCCAGUUCAAGAGUUCUGACUCAAGUUUGUGGUCCCUGCUAUGUAGAAAAUUUGAUCGCUAGAAUAUAUUUUCAUCUGAACUGUUAGACAAGCUUGCGUUGCAUGGGUUUUCACUCAAGAAUAUUUAGUGAAAAACCUGGGUUGUUUACAGUGAGUUGUUUGUUCCUUUAGAAUUUGGAUGGCAUUUGGUGCUAAGAAGUGCAAAAUUUCCAAAGGUGACAAUACAUCGGAUGUGACCUUAAACCAUUAUGCAAAUGUGCCACAAAUGACAACUGCAUCAGUUGUGGUCUACCAAUUGAAAUCACUAUAGUGGUAUGAAAACCCAGAUUAUUCCUUCUAGCGUCUUGAAGCAGAAGACUGAAGAUGAGGAAGUACUGAAGGGAACAGCACCAGAAAAGGGUGAUUGUGAUGUUCAGGGCUACAAGGACGAUUGGUUGGAGGGAGACCAUUCCAAUGUUUUGCAUCGUUUUUGUAGUAGAGGAAUAUUCGACUUCAAUGAAAUGUAAAUAUGUAAAUAGUUACAUAAUAUAAUCCUGUGUACAUAUCAACUAUAUCCGUGUUAAGACUUGUGCCACUUCAUAUGUUUCUGUGGCCGACACAAUUAUGUCCUGAAGGUCGAAAACUUUUCUUUUAUCAAAACUUUCCAAGUGUUGGAGUGUUGAACUUGUUGAAGAUUCUCUUGACAGGAGGUGGGGUGUUUCGUUUUCUGGAUUACAAGAGAUUCUCAUCACUGAGCAUUAUUCAAGCAAAGACAUCUGAUUGACGAAAGAUUUCAGUCUCGAAAUGACAAUCUUUCUGGCCUCAUAACAAGUGGAAAUAGAGAACAUUGGCAAUGUAUUUUUGAUACCAUGCUCCCAAAUGAAUAUUUUGAACACAAAACAAAGUUAUUGCAAAUACAUAAUUAUAAAAAUGUAUGUUUAUCUUGUGUAAACAUGGCAAAAGUGAAUGUCAAAAUGUUUCUCAUUUCUGACCUAACAACUUGUCAAUUUGUCUUCAAACACAAACUAACUAUUGCAAAAUAUACAAUGGCCAAUGUAACAGAGUGUGCCAUGUUCUGUAUUUGAAAUAGUUGUGAACCACUUUUGGAACUUCAUUGUAUUAGGAGUCAGUUUCAGUUUCAUAGCAGUGAUAUAGUGUGGUUUUAACUCCAGGAACAUGAAGUCAUCAACCAAAAGACAUAAAACUCAUAACAUUAUCAUCACGUUGAAUGUGGAUUCACAUUUUCUUUCCUGUUUUGCUCCUUGUUGUGAAACAAAGUUAACCAGAGAGAAAGUUAUUCUCUCGAUAAAGUGACGUGUUAAUAGAGAGCAAGUAGUUACAUCUCAGUAGAUCACUGGAGUAACGCCAUUUUUCUUAUAAUAAGUGAUGCGUCGGGGAGAAGAAAUUGUUUUCUCAGGAUGUCAUGUCUUAGAAGAGAGGAAGCAGUUAUCUUGAUAUUAGUUGCAUCUCUGUAGAACAGGCAUCUACUGUGUUGAGAAUACGAAGGAAUUGUGUCUACUGUAACUGGUCUGGUAAUCCUCCUUUUGAGAUGAACAUAGUUUCAGUUUCAGACAGGAACAGUAUAUAUUGAAAGGUUAAAAGUUCAACUUAUUUUCCCAUUUAGGGUUCUGUUAAGCACAAAGGAGAUACAGAGUGUGUAAAUGGCAUAAUUCAUUUUCAUUGUGUAUAGUUAUGAAACUAUUUUAGAAAGCAAUGCAGAGAAGCAAUACAUGCACAGAAGUGUGUUGCACCUGGAUGGUAAAACUUUUGUUUUUUUAAAACACAAAGAAGAAAAUAAAAGAAAUGUCAAUCAUA